AGUGCGCUCAGUCCUGAACACAGUAAUAAAACCUUUAGCACCAAAUUGUAUCUCUUCAUAUUGUGCUCCUGCAAAACGGCUGAUAACUGAAACCAGUAUGGCUCUCUUUCUCCGAGUUACGGUGAUGGUCCUGGCUGUGAUUGGGCUGACUAGGGCUGGAUGUCCACCGCUAUGGACUGAAUAUCGUAACAACUGCUACCGUUUCAUGGGUCAUGAAAUGUCGUGGACCGAUGCCGAAAACCACUGUCGGGAGUUCUUUACCAUCAGCGGACAGGGCCAUCUUGCAUCCGUGCACAGCUUUGACGAAGCCGAUUUCCUGAUUCAGUAUUCGAAAUCUUCAUUCAUCUCUGCCGACGACAAACACGUAUGGAUUGGGUUGUCCGACCAAUCCAAUGAAGGCACUUAUAGCUGGAGUGACGGCACAGCGUUCGACUACGAGGAAUGGAAACCAAGAGAACCGAACAAUGCAGGCUCAAACGGAGAAGAUUGUGUUGGGAUUUGGCAUCAUUUGACUUAUGGGCCGGGUUGGAAUGAUGUAACCUGCUCUAGUCUCUUUUCACACGUCUGCAAGAUGUCAAUGCCAACUGAUGUCAAGAGCUGUUUCUGAGUACAUGGCUGAAUUCAGAAUUGCAAAGUUUAGUUCAGCUCUGCUCACCAGAGCCACUCACAACAGUUACUCGCCAGAAUCACUCACAACAGUUACUCGCCAGAGUCACUCACAACAGUUACUCACCAGAGUCACCCACAACAGUUAAUUGCCGGAGUCACUCACAACAGUUACUCGCCAGAGUCACUCACAACAGUUACUCGUCAGAGUCACUCACACCAAAUAAUCGCCAGAAUCACCCGCAACGGAUACUCGCCAGAGUCACCCACAACAGUUACUCAACAGAGUCACUCACAACAGUUACUCGUCAGAGUCACUCACACCAGAUACUCGCCAGAGUCACCCACAACGGAUACUCGCCAGAGUCAAUCACAAAAGUUACUCGUCAAAGUCACUCACACAGAUACUCGCCAGAGUCACCCAAACACAGUCACUCUCCAGACUAAAAACAUUUGAACAUUGAACAUUUUACGGCAAUAAACUUGCGAUUAAUUUGGCAACAUAAGGGAG